AUGAUUCAUUUGCGUCGUCUUUAUUUUAUACUCUAUUUACCUGUUCAGACAAGACUUGAUGAUAUUGAUCUUUAUUGGUUUAACUUAGAUCAUCAUACUGUUGAGUACGAAAUAAAUGAAGUGAUAUUUCUUUAUACAAUUCCAUAUUUAUUAAAUAGUCAACGACGAGUGUAUAAUAAUAGUGUUGCACAACAAUCGACAAUUAAUAAUAAUAAUAUCACACAUAUUGAAUGGAUCAUUGAUCAUGAUCUUUUAUCCAUUGCCAAAACUCUUCUUCAUUUCGAACAUGUUAAAUCACUUCAUCUGUUUUUUAAUAUGACAGAAAUGAAAUUAAAUCCAGAUUCUUGGCAUAUGAUACUUCCGUUUUUACGUUCUCUUCGAGUUAAUUUUCAACGGAAUCCUAUGCAAUCAAGGAAAUUGUAUAAUCAAUCUGUCACACCGAAUCUCUAUCGUUAUAUUCUUCUUGAACAAUUUCGUCAAUGUGCUACUGCACUUGAGUCUUUGACGCUAUACUGGUCUGACAUUCGACUUCUUCUUAAACAUUCUUCUUCACCUUGGUCAUUCGUUCGACAGCUAAAUAUUCUUUUGGACAUAGACGAAAAGAUUCCAUCUCCAUUUUUGACUAAACGAUUACCAACAAACGAAGCUUUUCCUCAAUUACAAUAUCUUUCAUUUGGUGGUCGUCGUUUUUCACUCACACCACCGAAAAAACUCGCGAAUCGAAUCCUCUUAUGGUUCGAUAGUCUCGUAUCUUCGUCAUCAAAAUUCAUCAUCUUACAUGUGAAUCGAUGCUGUGGUACUUAUCGAAGUGUACCUUCAACAUCUCGUGACAUACUUAUGACACUUCUUACAGAAUGUGUUCAUUCGAGAAAUCUUCGCUAUUCAUCGUCUAAAAUCAUUAUUGAUUCCAAUGAAGAGAUUAUCAUUUGGCUUUGA